AUGGAGACCACGCAGGUUUCCCCUGGCCUUCAAAAGCCAUCAUUUGCGAAGAUCGCAGCGACUGCUUCGAAAGAAAACGCGCCCCUCACCUCAGCCCGUCGACCCGCCGCUCCUCUUGGCCAAGAACAGGCCCACCCCAUGACCAAGCAGGCCGAUACCGCCACAACGACCAAUGCCCAUGAUACUGUUGCGAAUGGGAGUUGCUCAACUACCGAAGCCGGCUCCAAAAAUGUAGGCCUGGCACCGGAGCUUGGGUCCCCAAUGAAGCCCCUCGCCCAUGACCCUGUCGCAAAUGGCCUCAAAGACGUACAGUUCGGAGCUAGGACUCCCAGCUUGGUUGUGAAUGGCAGCGGCUCGCAUCCCAUCGACCGUUUCAAGUCUGCAAUCAAAGAUGGCUCGGAUGAGUCGCAGCGCGCCGACUCCAACUCAGAGCUCGGCACCAAGCCGGCUAGUCUGGACGGCAAGAGCAUCACUUCGGGAACUACCUUUGCCCUUGAUGAAAAGGAGUCACUUCGACCUGACGACAGUGCCAGCGUCAAGGCAGCUGCAGCAGAAGAUGACGACUCCUUUUCCUUCCGAGGCCCCUUCCUUCCCAAUUCUCGAAUGGGGUCUGAUCUUGCAGCGCGGGCCAAAGGGCUUCAGAUCGGCGACCACGUUGCCACUGAGAGGAGAGCCCCCCAAGUCGUCUCUGGCUCGGUUCCCGCCGCAAACUUGACAAGUGAUCUGUCCAACUACAUGAAUGCAGUUCACGGACAGUCGCCUGACGAGAAGCUCCUGGAAGCCAUGUCCUCCCAGAAGGAUCGUCUUUUUCUAUUGAGGCUUGAAGCUGAACUCAUCAAGUUCGUACAGAACUCAAAAGAACCGUUCAUGGAUUUUCCGCCUUCCAACUCGUUUUGUAGGAUGUUAACCCACAAAUUGGCUGAUUACUACCACAUGACGCAUCAGUAUGAGCCUCGAAUCGGCUCAGUACGCAUAUUCAGGACACCGUACGCUAGGGUGCCUGAGUCUUUGGCCAGCAUUGGUGUUCCAGAGCCCUUGAGCGAGACGCCUCCUCCUGUCAUGUUACCCCGAAAAAUCAUGAGACGCGGAGAGGAUGUCGAAUCUGGUACCGUCAGCGGCGCGGUCUACAAGGUCACAUCGGAAGACGGUAGCGAUGGGAAAGAGAAGUCCGCCCUUGCCAACCAAAAGCUUUCCAGAGAACAGCGCGAAGAAGCAUACAAGCAGGCUCGUGAGCGCAUCUUUGGCAACUCGGAGAAGACGGGAGAGUCAACGCCCGAUAAUGAGGCUGAGAAUGGAAUGUCUCGCGCCAGCUCCGUUUCUGCCAAAGACAGAGCCAGCGGGGCUAAGAGGGGCAAGGUCAAUAAGCAGAGGCGAGAUGAUUCGGACAGUCUCGAUUCGAGGCAUUUAUACGGCCCAUUCGGCCCUCAGCAAUCCUGGGUACAACAGCCGCAGUUCUCCCCUCAUCCUGGCUCCCAGUACCCAGCACCCAUGCCGCCGACAUAUGUGAAUCAGAUGCAGACUGCGUAUACGGCGCCAGGCCAGGCGUAUCCGCCACCUGCUGUGCACUCCGGGUACCCUGCAUAUCCCAACAUGGCACCGUACCAAGCCCAACCGCCAGCGCCGCAGGCUCAGCAGCCGCCACCACCGCCACCACCACCCCCGCCACCAAUGCAGCCCACUCAACAUAGGCCUCAGAUGCUGCCGAGCCCUAACUUGUCGAGUUAUGGUGCGCCUGUGCCAGUGUCUGUGCCUACGCAGCCGGGUUGGCAGCAAGGAUUCAACGGCGGCCCAGCACCACCGAUGGUGCCGGCACCGGCGCCUGCGCCCAUGCCGGCCGCAGCCCCAAAUCCUGCGUCUUACUCACCAAGAGGCAUGUCGGCAUCCUCUGGAGUUCCAUAUGCUUAUGGCCAACUUCCAGCUCACAUGAACCCGAACGACCCGAAGAGCCAGCACCCAAUCCCCGGAAGCUACAACCGGCAUGCCUUCAACCCCAAGACGCAGUCAUUUGUACCCGGCGGGGGAAUGGCCUCCAUGCAGCAACCGCAGCCAUCGUUCAGUGCUCCUGGAUCGCACCACAACAGUCCUCAAAUCGGCUCGCCGCAUCUGUCGUAUGUCGGCUAUCAGCAGCCAGGGCCUCCCGGUCCCUACGGCGGACCGGCUGGCUAUGGUAUGGCUCGGCAAGGAUCUAACAACUCGGCGCCCUUGUACCAUGCCCCGCCUCCCCAGCACCCUCAGCACCCCCAACACAUGAUGCAGUCUAGUCCUGGCGUGCCGUACAUCCCCCCGCAACCUCCGCACCAGGCCGUUGUGCAAAACCCGAUCCAGCACCACAUUCCCAACAAGCCUGUGGCACCCCAGGGGCCGGCAGGGCAGACGUUCAGUCAUCUCCCUCAUUACGGCAACCCGGCGACGCUACCGCAAAAGCCGAAGACCGGCAUCUGA